AUCCUGCUCUUCUCCCUCCCAUUGCGCAGAAGGUUCUCAGUGCCCGGCCAGCCUCCCCAGGCCUGCUGCGUAGGGUGCAGACUUCCAGGGAACAGCAGGAGGCCAGGUCUGUGACAGGGGGCCCACUCUCAAAAGCGCACAGAAUACAGAUGAGAAGAAUUUAGGAUUAUUGUCACUGCUGCUGUCAUUAGAACUGUUACAGCAGGCAGGAUGACCCAAAACACGGUGACCGUGAAUGGGGUUGAAGUGGCGUCUACCCUGUCCCAGCCCACCCACAUCAGCAUCCACAUCCACCAGGAAUCUGUUUUGACACAACUGCUAAAAGCCGGGGGCUCUCUGAAGGAGCUCUGUGCCAGCUGGCGGGACCCGGGCCCUCACAAGACUGGGAUAAGCUAUGGGCUGCUGGCUGGAGGGGUGAUCCAGGUAUUGCUGGGGGCAGUGAGCUGUGCCUUAGGAGUGCUUCUGUACUUCGGGCCCUGGACCGAGCUGAGGGACUCAGGUUGCGCCCUCUGGGCGGGGUGUGUGGCGAUCGCAACAGGAGCCGGGGUCAUCGUCUACGAGAAGCGCCGGAGCAUCCUUUCUGGCUGGGCGUUCCGUCUGCUCGCCCUGGUGGGCACUGUCACGGCUGUGGCUGCUGUUUCCCUCUGUGUAUAUAGCAUCACCUGGGAAAACAGCAUCUUCUUCUCCUCCAUAUGUGACUUCCUGGUCCCUACCACCACAGCCACUUACUAUGGAUUGGAAAGGCCAUACGAUUACAGACAGGCUUCGUGGCAGGAGGAUGACUGUAAACGCUUUAUGCAAACGCUGAGGAACUUGUUCCUAGCGAUACGUAUUCUGCUCCUGGCUGUCUCUGCCCUGCAGCUCCUUGUGUCCUUGGCUUCCAUGGGCCUGGGGCUUCGAAUCUUAGGUGGCCAGAGUUUCCAGCCCUUGGAUGAGGAAGACUCAGAGAAGAAGCUACUGGGGGAGAAUUCAAUGCCUCCCUCCUCCUCCAGCAAGACCACUCCUGCCAUGGUCUUGUGAGCAGCCGGAGACCCUGCCUGGACCCCCGCUUGUCCCUCCAGAGCAGUCCAGGGCCUGUGGGGAUGACAGUGUCUGCUCCCAGGGCCCCUCACUACCCUGUCCCUCACACUUGCCUCUCCUUUGCCCACUGUCAAACCCUUCCUCCCUCCUCACCAUCCUCACCCUGAUGUCUUCAAAUUCAGUGAGCACUGAUUAAACAGAAACAGUCAACAACGCGCACUAUAAACCAAAAA